GUUGGUUUACUCACAGAGGAGGAAGUGGGUGUGGUUUGUUGGCGCUGUUCUCUGUACAGUUGGCAAGAGACUUCACUUCUCUUAGAGUCAUAGGAGAGUGAACCAUUGUGAAGACUUGUCUCACCUGACCAUGAAUCUCCAAAGAAACGAGAGAGGACAUUGGUACCACGAAGUUAAAGGAGAGCACUUGAAUCUGGAGGAUUUGAAAGAGAGAGCUCGAGGAGUUCCUAACAAAUACCUCUUCAAAGACAACAUCCCGCGAUACCCUGAACCAGAGUUUCAUGUGCGCCAUCUGAAACACGACACAGAUGGAAAUGGAUUACAUGGCAUCAGGGGGGAUGAAGGCUUCAGGAACCCGGGGGAAGACUCUCUGCUGUGGUGGAGUCUGGUUGUGGAACCCGACGAGAUCACAGCAGCUGAGACGAGGCUCCUGGAGACCACCUACCCGGACCGGACGGAGGAGCAGGCCCAGAACCAGGGGAGCUUCCUGAGGAAGUUUGCCACCUCCCCGGCCUUCAUGAAGACCUCCAGGAUGGGCUCCUACCGCUUCACCUUCCCUCUGGAGGAGGUGCUGGAUGCUUACAGGGAGCAGUUCUGUGAUGGUGAGCCGCCCGUCAUGCGGGUGUAUAGCACCCACCUUUACAAACAGGAAGUGAUGUACGCAGUGCUGGUCCACAGCCCCGCCCAUAACAGGAAGUUCUCACGUUAUCCUUUGCUGUCCGACGACCCAAACGGCGUCUGCACUUACAAGGACGGCCGUUUCAUCUGGAGGAGUCAGGCCAUGAGUGAGACACAUGAAUAUGAGUUGGUCUGGAGACCUGAUCAAAACCUGAUGAAAGGUCGGUAUGUGUAUGACCGUCCCGAGUAUUAUGUGUGGGAUCAUGUUGCUGUCGCCCUGCACGUGGAGAACCAGGUUCUGAAAUUUGAUGCCGGACGACUGAGAGAGAACCUCAAGUUCUGCAACGCAGGACCUGUAACGCUCCCUGGUGCCACAUUUGAAGACUUCAAAGAGGCUGAAGAGACUGUUCAAGAUUUGUGGCCUGACCAACUCCUCACCACUGAAUAAGAGCUAAAUUAAUUAACUGUCAAAU